CCCUCGUCUUGCUGAUAGGGGCGCAACGAAAGGCAGCAGUGGUGUGUUUGCACAGAGACGCCACCGCUCCCAUAGUUACAGGGAUUCUGCAGCGACUUGAGCGCAAGGUCCCCAAUCCCGUCUCUGGUCCAAACAGCGACCAGCGGAACGGAUAAUGGGCUUGCUGUCGAUCCUGCGGAAGCUGAAGAGCUCUCCGGAUCAGGAGGUGCGGAUCCUGCUGCUGGGACUGGACAAUGCAGGCAAGACCACGCUGCUGAAACAGCUGGCCUCUGAGGACGUGAGCCACAUCACUCCCACACAGGGCUUCAACAUAAAGAGCGUUCAGUCCCAGGGCUUCAAGCUCAACGUGUGGGACAUCGGCGGCCAGAGGAAGAUCCGACCCUACUGGAGGAACUACUUCGAGAACACGGACGUCCUGAUCUACGUGAUUGACAGCGCGGACAGGAAGCGUUUUGAGGAGACUGGCCAGGAGCUGGCAGAGUUGCUGGAGGAGGAGAAGCUGAGUGGGGUCCCGUUGCUGCUCUUUGCCAAUAAGCAGGACCUGAUGACGGCUGCUCCCGCUGCCGAGAUUGCAGAGGGACUCAACCUGCAUACCAUCCGGGACAGGCUGUGGCAGAUCCAGGCCUGCUCAGCGGUCACCUCUGAAGGAGUGCAGGACGGCAUGACGUGGGUGUGCAAGCACAUAUCCGCCAGGAAGAAAUAGCCAGCGCUGGUCUGAAGAGCGUUCUCUCUCUCUCUCCCUCCCUCCCUCCCUCCCUCCCUCCCUCUGGCUCCACCUCCCAAAGGAUCCCUCUGGCGAGCUCUAUAACCUGUACAACACAACAGAUAACAGAAAAAAAAGAAGGUGGUAUUUAUUUUUCAUAAACACGCCGCGGCCGCUCUCGUUCGUUAUACAGUAGGUACGUGUGGAUCAGAGGCCGGCUUCAGUAGCUAGGGAACGCGUGCCGUGUAGUCUCUAGAACCCGGUGGGCCCCAAACCUUCGGUACUAAAGACCCCUGGGGGCAUUCGGGAUUUCUCGAGGGAUUAUUUAGGAUACGUUUUUCACAGUGCUGUAUUAUUGUAAUUUUAUCUCCUAAUCCUUGCAGAACUAUUAAUACGAGAAAUAUAACUCACAGAGAUAGCGUGCUUGUCUAUUGUAAUCGAAACACGGAGAACGUAAUCUCCAGACUUGGCGGCUUCAGUCUGUUUGCCCGUUUAAACGUCAAAAGGUUCCUGGUCGUUGGCGGAUCUGGAUAACGGGCCACAGUGAAGAACCACCGUUACGAUAAGAAUGUGCUUGAUUUGAAUGUAGUUCAUACUGUGCGUAUGAUGCUCAUUCGAAUAAGUCACAGGUCUAAAUGAAAAGCCCCACAGCGGGUUAAAAUAUGUCCUCUUUCUUUAUUUUUGUGUCCCUCUUUAUAAUGGGCUCUCUGAAGCCACUGAUGAAGAUGUUUUCAAUCUGACCGGUUUUGUAAUGAAUAAAUGGCUGACUUCUGAUGUG